CUAGGUAAGUGUCACAAUUGGCAUGAACAAUGGAAAAUAUUUCACGAAUAUGACCUAUUAAUUAUUGUUUAUUAUCAAAAGCUUUUGAGAAAAGAAUGUAGUCGUACACUGCACUACAAACACUACAGUCGUUUUUGGAAUAUUUACGGGCAUGAUGUAGGCUAUGCUAUGGCGUUAAGGCAGAUGCAUUUCACAUGAACCCAUACGCUGUACCUGCGUUGUAGGCUACCCUUUAUAGAAUUUAGUAAACAUAUUCGUGCAUUAGGUGCGUCAUGAUAUGGUAAGAGUGCUUAAUUCAUAAAAGUAGGCUACACUUUCAGGAAAGGCUACUUGUGAAAUAAUGUAUUUUCCUGGAUUUAAAAACAGUCUAAAUAAAUAGGAAAAUCUUUCAACUCAACUAAUUCAUGUUAACAAUAACUAUCGUAAGUAUCUAGACUGAUAGUCUGCUUACGGGCUGAACGAACCUAUUUCAUGCAUCUAGCCUAAGUUAAAGUCUAGUCGAGGUUACGGCUGCAGUCAAUAAUACUCAUAAUAAUAGCCUAAUAAUAAGCAUAAUCAUAAUAAUAAUAGAUGAAACCCCAACAAUAUGAAUGAGACUAAUGUAAAUUGAUUUAAAUGUGAACGUGUGUGUAUGUGUGUGUUGCUUUAGAGGAAAGAUUUUGAGGAAAAAAGCCUGACCUCAUGUGGCCGCCGGGAUACUGGGCCUAACGCUGACAAUGACAGCAGACAUGCACUGAUUUGGACAAUGCCGAAUGUCAAUAUCAUAUCCUCGAGUUGUAGACCAAGAACUCAGCACCUGUUAUCUGUCUGCUGUUGUGGGCAGACACAUUUUUCAAUUGUAGGCCUGUCUGACACUUAAAAAGACACUUAAUAAAGAGACUUAAUCGUUGAAAAGUAUUGUAGUUUACCCGUAUUGUGGCUGUUUGCACGUGAUACUUACCAUUAAUAAUCUCAAAGCCUACUCACACAUCUUUAUGAACGAGUUUAGCCGAGCCGUUUCUUCCGAAUUUGUCUGUGAACGAGAAAUGUCUACGAAAUCGGCCAAAUCAGAUCUUCUGAAUCAAGCACACCAUGCACUACAGAUUACGAGUCCCACGAUGAUAUAAACUUGUUGUUUGCAUACCACAUGCAAAGACUAAACCGGACAGCAACUCAGCCUAGGCUACCUUAUGUCAGUUAUAGGACCAAACAAGCAAAUAUGACGGUAAAACAAUAUAACCAAAUGUAUAGGCCUACUUGUAGCCUAGGCUACUUAUAAUUUAUGUUUCAGUGAGUAUUCAAUCUACACAGUAAAAGAAAUUCUGGAUCGUGUCUUAUUAGACAUGCAGAAACUAUUAGGGAUUUCUUCUAGGCUAAGAAUAAUUAUGCCUGCAUUUACAUUAUACAUUUACGCAAGCACUUUUACAGUUUACAAUUUGUUUGGCGAUGAUAAUGUGAAAAGGAUUGUACCCAUAUUGGUCUCUAUUUCCCCUUGUCUGCAAGUUGGUUUAUUCUCCAUCACUGUUUGAUGGGACUUUUUUCACAAGCCUCGUGUUGGUUUUAUGCUAUACUGGGAACUCAACCACAGUUUUAUUAACGACACGUUUAUGAACAAUCAAAUGGUCCUCGUAAAAAUUUAUUGAAGGACAUAAAAACAUGUACGGCCACUUGCCGAAUGUAGCUAGAUACGUCUUUGAGGAUGUAGGUAUUCCCACCUCCCCGGUUUUAAAAAACAUCGUUUUACAAGGGAUGUCCUGCUUGUGUUUAUUUGUGACUCAUGGAAACUAUAAUUCCAGUGUGUUAAAGACGCACUGCAACUCAACAGACCAGACUUUGGGGGUUUGUGAAAGCACAGGAAUUGUCCACAUUUAGGGGGAAAUCAGACACACUAUAAAUGUCAAUCAGGGACAAAAACAAUACCUUUGGAGUCAAAUAGUGGAUUUUACUAUCGAAAGCGGUGUUACUGAAGUAUCCUACUGGCGCACACAGUGCUUCCCACAGAUGUAGGGACAGACUCGACAAAGAUUAAUUACAUAAAAAAAUAGUGCCAUUGCUAGAUCUUAACGUACCUCGUAGAGCGACGCGGCUUCAUAAAAAUCUUUUGAAUAAGAAUAGCUAGACCAAAGGAUUGGAGUUAUACUUUUAUCCUGGCGUCCCUUUGAGAGAAAUCUUAAAAUCACCACACUGUUAUCACGAAGUGCAUUGCUAUCCCAGGACAAGUCGCGCAUUGAUCCACUGUGCAUUUUUUUGUGGGGGUAAAUAUAAUCACGUGUUGCAGAGUCAGCCAAUAGACGAUGAAGACGGUUUGAGAAAUAAUUACCUGCUUGAUUGUUCUAUGGGUAGAUAAAAAAGUACACAUAGCCUACAGUCCAUAUAAUAAUCGGAUGCAUGUAAAAGAGAGGAGACGGAUAAUGUCGACCACGGGUCCCAUAACUAAUUAUUAUGUGGAUUCUUUGAUAAACCAUGAAAACGAUGAUGUAUUGUCGACUCGCUUUUCCUCUGCUGGUCCGCUUUCCUCCGGUCCCCGUUCGACAACUCUGGUGCCUGAGUGUGGAGACUACCCUUCCUGCAGCUUUGCCCCGAAACCAACCGUCUUCACUACCUCCUGGGCCCCUGUUCACUCCCAGUCUUCAGUGGUGUACCACCCAUACACUCACCAACCUCAUUUGGGAACGGACUCGAGAUAUGUACGAUCAUGGCUAGAACCAAUUCCUGGUGCCGUAUCCUUUUCUGGCUAUCCAGCUAACAGUCGGCAUUAUGGUUUGAAGCCCGACGCCUUUCAAGAGCAUAGAACCGGAGACUGUUUGUCCGCCAACGGACGCACCUAUACGGAUUAUCUGUACUGCUCCCCGACAGACAUCCGAGAGAAAACGCAGCCGCACAACCCAUCGCCUGAGACGGAGAUUCUUUCUUCCGGAAAAGAAAAAGACGAGAAACCAGAAUUAGACCCGAGUAAGUUGAAUCCAUGUUCAUUCACAAUGUGCUCUUGUGUUAUUGCAAUAGUGUGUCUUCUCUUUGUAGAUAUUAACAUCUGGCUCCCAGAUUCACGAGAUAACCCUGUGGCCAAUUGGAUCCAUGCGCGAUCGACGAGGAAAAAAAGAUGCCCAUACUCCAAAUAUCAAACAUUGGAACUAGAAAAAGAAUUUCUGUUCAAUAUGUAUCUUACCAGAGACCGACGCUACGAAGUUGCCAGAGUCCUUAAUCUAACCGAAAGACAGGUUAAAAUUUGGUUUCAGAAUCGACGGAUGAAGAUGAAAAAAAUGAACAAAGAGAAAACAGACAACAAAGGACAGUCAUAAAAACUGUGAAACAAACAACCCCACCAGAGUGCACAGUCACACACACACCAAGAGGAACUGUGGCCAAGAAAUGUCUUAUGCAGUAAACAGUUGUAUUCAUUCCUGUGACCUGUGAAACGGACUCCUUUAGUAUAUUUUAUUGUUUAUGUCUUUUUGGAGCAAGAAUUUGGCGCGAUUUAAUUACAGAGGUGAAAUAUUGCUUGCUUAUGCUAGAGGAAACCCUUUUAGUCAUGGAUUCAUGAAACCUAAAACAGGCCUAAGGAUACAGGCCGGUGGAAAAGCUGCCUCGAAGUAAAAGCAAGAAAAUACUUGAACUGCCGUGUCUUUUUCAUUUAGUAAUUUAUGAACUUCUCAAGACACUAUUUCUUCUCGUUAUGUUUGGGUGUUUGUGAAUAAGUGAGAUAUUUUGUACAGAAAAAUAUAAUGUCUUUCGUCCAAAUACCCUAUGUGCUAAUGUCUUCGUGGUGUUGUAGAUUUUCGAUGUACCCAGUCGUGUAUUUUCAAUAGUUCUGUUUACGUUUGUUUUCUUUCUCCAUUGCUCUGUUCAAAUAUAUGGUCAACAUCCAAAUAUUUGUGAUUCAUAAUUUUAUAGUAUACCUAUUGUUACAUCAGGCUGUAGGCCGGAUUUUAGAUGGCGACCUAGCCUGCUCCUUGUCGCUGGAUAGAUAGGCUACCACUAAACAUCACAUUAUAAGCUGAAUAUUUAAACGUCACAAAAGUAAUCAAAAGCAUGAACACACAUAUGCCUAUGUCAAUAAAAGGCUGAAAACAACUUUGCAUCGUAUUACGAUACCGUACAGUGCCCCUUGAAAUUUAAGCAAAACUCAUAGCUAUUCUCCUUUUUUGGAAGACGAUAGACGAAUUGUAUUUUGACCAACGUGUAGGCUACAGGCUGAUCAAGCAUAGUCCUCUAGAAAGGAUAGGAUAGUAGGCUAUAUGAUUUUGCUGUAUGUAGGCCUUAGCAUAUACGAUGAAUG